AUGUUUGAAGACGAUUUGAAGUGGCCUUAUUUAAAAACUUAUUUCAAACAACUAUCAGAAUCUGACAUAACUGAAGAAAAAUCAAAUUUUACAUUCAAAUGCAUGCUAUGCAUGCCAAAAAUAAAAUUAAUAUCAACUUUUAUAAGUUCAGAUUCAAAUUUAAAAACUCACAUCAAGGUAAGUUUAUUUAUAAUAAUAUAUAUAUAUAUAUAUCGUUCCACAUGCAUAUAGGACAAUUAUAAUUGUAAUUAUUCGUGAAUUUAGGAAAAAAUAAUCCGUUAAUGUUAAGGUGCAACUGCCUGUUAUAAUUUAAUUUUUUUUGAUAGUAUUAAAAUAAAUCACUAUAUUAUAGUAAAAGUACCAAUUUUACAGCUUUUGUAAACAACUCGAAAAUUAAUGAUUAAAAUUAUUUUUUGAUCAAUCUUGUUUUUAAAAAUUUGAAAUACUACCUACCUAACUACCUGUUUUAAAAAAAAUUGCAUUAAUUAUUAUGAUUUUUGUAAUUUACAAUAUUAUCUAAAGUAAACCUAAACUUGUAGGUAUAAAUUAAGUAAUUUCACAUCAAGUAUUGAAAAAUAAGUUGAUAAAUUAAAAAAUAUGCGAAAAAAAAUUGAAUACGUUUUAUAUUAUUGAAAUUAAUAAAUAUUUUUUCAGUAUGUUCAUCCAAGUGAAUUAAUUAAAUGUAAUGAGCUUAGCAAAAGGAAGCUGUACAAUAAUAAUAAUUGUACUUAACCUAAAAAACAGUUGAAAUUAUCGGAAGUAGGAAAAACUGUGAAAAAUCUUAGUCAAACAGAAUUUAAUAAGGCUAACCUAGAACUCAUUAUAAAUACUGUGUCACCUUUUUCUUUGAUUGAACACCCUGCAUUUAUAAAAUAUUGUCACUUAACAUUGAAUAAAGUUCCUAUGUCUAGAAGUUUGAUGAAAAAAGUUCAUUGUUCAAUGAUACGAUUUAUCAACUGA